CAGCAAUCCCGCGAUGAUCCCGAGCCUCAAUUCUCACGAUUCCGAAUAGUAUCCCGGCACUUACGGCCAAUUGAACCCGACUCUCAUCCUGAGACCGGAUAUUCAGCUAGCCUCCAAUCCAGAGAGUCCCGAAAAACGCACUUUAUCUACAAAGCCACUCCGUAAAGCAACAACAACACACCAAGAACCAAGAAUUCAACUGAAAGGAAAAAAGGAGGACCGAAAAUGCCACCCACAAAACAAGAAAUCUCCCUCUUGAUCAAUCCUCUGGUUCCGGAGAAUGUGCAGCAUAAUAACCGAGUCCUCGCAAACCUCCACUCCAUCACCUCCUUCCUCCUAGGUCUAACAGCCGGUAUUCUCGCCCUGCACUCUGCGACAGGGUUCCUAUUCUACUUAGCCGGUACGGUUCUCGUGUCCGGCGUUUUUCAUAUCUUCCUGCUGCAAAGCUCGAAUGGUCAGGGCGCCGGUGGGUUCUUCCCCGGUCCGAAUGUGGGUGAGAUCGAGGGGAUCAAUGACAAGGGUAUGGUGUGGGCUUCUGGGAGACAGAUGAGGAGGAAGGACUCGUGGAGGGAUGUGUGGCUUGGAGGUGGUGUCUUUGGGGAGGCGCUGUCUGGGUUCGUGCUUGGGUGGGCUGGUGUUGGGGGUGUUUUGAGGUGAUUUUUCUUACUGUUUGUGGGAGCUAAUAAGGGUCUUGCCAGGUGGUGCUCGAUUUAGUAGAAUGUGUUUGAUUAUGUGACUAUCUGUCUAUAUUAUAUCUAUUUGGUAUCCUGAAUGUGAGGAUCUUAUGAGUUAUUGUAA